GACCACUUCUCUCAUUCUCAAUUGUAAGUAAAAGAAAACAUGCAUAUUUAGCUUAGUUGAGCCCGGAUUAGAGUCAGAUCGAUGUGACUUUGGAAGUUUGGAAUUUACCUUUCACACGUCUUGAAUUAGAUGGAAAUUCCGGCCAGGGGAAAUUCCCACUUAUUCCCAGGGAAUCUGCAUUAGAUCUUAUUCGAGUCUCUAGCCAAAUUACUGUGGCCGAAGAAUAAGAUAUAGAGACGGCCUAGUGGCCAUCAUGCCAUACGUAUGUCUUCUAUACAUGUAGAUGGCUUGCCAGAAUUUGUUCAGCUAGACGAUAAAUACAAUUGUUUACAAUGCAAGAAAGUUCUCCAGGGAGCAAUGCAAACUGCCUGCGGGCACAGAGUUUGUGAAAGACACAUUGAUGAAGCUAUUCAAGAAGGAAAGAUAUAUUAUUGUCCUGGUGGAGAACCUGAUUGCCUAGAAAUAGAUUCAGUAAACAGACAAGUGACCGUCAACCCCGAUUUUUGCGCUCGAACUGAAAUCUCAAAAUUGCCAGUAUACUGUACUUUCCACGAAAAUGGCUGCAGUGAUACUGUUCCAUGGAGAAAUUUAAAAAAACACCUGGAAGAAUGCCUUUACAUCAUAAUGGAUUGCCCAAAUCAGGAGAAUGGAUGCCAAGAAAAACUUUUGAAGAAAGACUUAAAGGAUCAUGUAGAGCAAAAUUGUAAAUUUCGGAAAGAAGCAUGUCCAUACUGCCAAGAAGAAUUCAUUAUUGCUAUUAUUCAGAAUCACAUGACAAAUGAGUGUCCACAGGUUCCCAUUACUUGCCCAUAUGGGUGUGCAUCGGCUGCAUUUCCAAGGGGCGACAUUUCAUCGCAUGAGGCAGAGUGCCCAGUGGCCCCUAAACAAUGUAGAUACAGUGCUUUGGGGUGUACUUUCAAGGGAAACAAAGAUGAACUAGAGACACACCAUACAGAAUUUAACACUCAUUUGGGCACAUUUGCUGUUUAUAGUGCAGAAUAUGCGUUGAAAACAUCCCAACUUGUGAAUCAAUUUGAAAAUCUGAAAUCAGAAAAUGACAAACAAAAGUAUGAAUUGGAGGAAUUCAAAAAAGAGAAUGAAACCCUAAAAAAGAGUUUGGAAUCAACACAGACCAGGCUUAAAAGCAUGCAGGUGAUGUUGGUGAAACAUGGCGAAACGGUGAUUCGUCUUGAUGAAGAUGUUAAAAAAGGAGGAGUUGCAGAUCCACAGAGUAUUAAAGCUUCUUUACUCUCUGAAACAAAAUCUUUAGAAGAGAGAAUACAACAACUUGAGGUUGGGACAAGCUAUGGAGGUACCUCCACUGGGUCAUCAGAAAACCUCGAUGGCAUAAAAAGCCAACUGCGUCAACUAGACCGUCUAGUCGGGUAUCACGAUCUACGAUUAGCUGAACAAGAUCUUCGUCUUGACGUCAAUGAUUGUAUCUGCUAUGAAGGCUACAUGCUUUGGAAGAUAACAAAUUAUGCUAAGCGAAAACAGGAUGCUAUCAAUGGGAAGACCUUGAGCUUGUACAGUCCCCCUUUCUACACCAGUCGAUACGGUUACAAAAUGUGCGGGAGAGUGUACUUGAAUGGAGAUGGAAUUGGCAAAGGCACUCAUGUAUCCAUCUUUUUUGUGCUCAUGAAGGGAGAAUACGAUUCCUUGCUCGAGUUUCCAUUCAGACAGAAGAUCACGCUGCAAAUGAUGGACCAAUCAUCAGACAGACGCCAUCUACAGGAUGCUUUCAGACCAGAUCCAACAAGUUCUUCUUUCAAACUUCCAGUCAAAGACAUGAACAUCGCAUCAGGGUGUCCACUGUUUGUGCGACAGGAAACACUGGAACAAGGUGGAUACCUUAAAGAUGAUUGCAUCAUUAUCAAGGUGGCUGCAGACUUAAACGAUCCCCCAUUGGUGCCAAUAUGAAUAUGAUAUAAGGGUAGAUCCAAUGAAACUAGUCAUAAAGAAUCUCUGAAAAUAUACUAACAUACUCAUUAUUUAUUAUUAAUUUAUUGACUUGUAUUGAUACAUUUAUUUUUGCUACAAAAUCAUAUAAUUAUUUAUUAU